AUGGACUUGGACUUUGACCCCGCAACAAUAACCCUAGCAACAUUCAACACCCUUCUCGGCGCAUUCGAGACCACAGUGCGCCAAAUAGCUCGCACCAAGGCACUGCUCAAGUCAAAAUCGAAAUUGAAAUCGGCAUCCAAUGUGAAGAAGAUGAUGAAACAAACUGGGAAACGAGCCGCGCUAUCGGCGAAGGAUGCCGAAGAGGCACAGUAUGAGCAUGCAGAGGACCUUGACCUUGUCGACGCCCAGGUGCGCGAUUUCCUGGAACUGGACGAAUGGCGAUAUAAGGCACUUCCGGACGUCGUUGAGAAGCGACGUGGGGGGAAGGAUGAAGGGGAGGGGGAGGGCUAUCUCUCUAAGGACGAGCUUAUCCGGUUAACUGAGUGGAAGCUGAAACACGGCGUCUACCGCCCAACGCUCCUAGGCAUGGUCCGGCAAAACCAAGACAAAACGGUCUCGCGUGCUACAGCGAGCGCAUUCUCAUCUUUAUCGUCACUAGCUGGAAGCAUUGAGACCGUUGAGACGGCCCUCUCAACACUCACCACCCCGCUUCGUGGCGUAGGUCCCGCAACGGCAUCACUGAUUCUAUCUACUGCUUCCAAGGACGUUCCCUUCUACAGUGAUGAUGUGUUUCUCUGGCUUUGCGUUGGUGUUUACCCUUUCCACUCCUCGUCAACUAAAACGAGUAAAGAGGUUAAGCCGAAUGGGGAGCUGAAUGCCAAGUAUAAUGUUGCUGAGUAUCGGCGGUUGUGGGAGGGGGUGCAGGGAUUGAGGGAGAGGUUGAAUGAGGGCGUUGAGAAGGGAAAAGAGGUUUCUUGCAGCGAUGUCGAGAGGGUCGCGUUGGUGGUCAGGCGUUUUGGGCAAUCCGGGCUGGGGAUCCUUCAGGAUGAUGAGGCAGGGGAGCAAGAUGAUGAAAAGGAAGAUCCAAAGGAGAGUGGUGGCUCUGGUGAUGGGAGGCGGAAGAGGAGGAGAAUAUGA